CCCCGCAGCUGGCCGGCGCCGCGCGCGCAGCCUGGCCUGUCGCGACCUAGCCGAGAAAGCCCCGCCGCCCGCGCACCCCGCACCACGCUUGCGCCCCGUAUUCCUGUGGGCACGGCAGCGCGACGGCACCGUGCAAGAGGUCCGCUGUGAAGACUACGAUCCGCGUAACCGUAUCCGUAUCGCGCGUACCCCGACCGGUUGGCGAGUUAUCCCGCGUACUAAAAUCUUUGACUCUAUAUUUGUGACGAGCGCUCCGGCGCAAGAACCUUCGGAGCCCAGUGCUCCCCAAGAGCGGCGCCGGCGCCGGCGCCCCGGCAGGCCGCGGCGGAGGCGCACGGACGCGUCAGCGCCCGCGCCCGCCUGGCUGGCUCCCGACCUGGAGUCUCACAUCCCUUCACACACAAUCGCGGUGCCGCGCGUGCCGCCCGCGCCACCCACUCCGCCCGCGCCGCCUGAGCCUACUCCACUCGACAACUUGCUCGCGGUGGCCGAGCUGGAGUUCAACCAGCAGCGCGGCGAGGAGGCGCUGGAGUUGGAACUGCAGGCGGGAGCCGCGCAAUACCCCUUCCUGCCGGAGGCGGAAGAGGUAGCGCGCGACGUCAUGUCGUUCGAACUCGGCGAGCCGAAGCCACCCGACGACAUGUUCUUCGAGCAGCGCAAGCCGUCUGAACAUACUCCUGAAGAAGAUGCUUUCCAUACUGACAUGGGAGUACACAAAGACCUAUUUGAGACUAUUAGUGAAGCACAUUACCUACCCGAGCUCGGCGGGCCUCACGACGAAGCUCUACUCGAGUCACUCGUAGAGAAGGGUUGUGAAGAUAAUCAAAUACUUGGGCAGGCGCUAGACAAGCUGGCGCACCUCGUGCACGGGUCCGGUGACUACGCGGAGGAGGAGGACGACAUGUUGCUCGGUGGCGCGCCAGUUGCUGACAUCAUCGACCGGCUCGAGCAGUCGCUGGAGUCACCGAGCCGCAGCAGCAUGACGGCUGCGCAGGGACUCCUACACCUGCACCACAUAGGCGACCACCUCCCAACACCCGACCAGCAACAAGCUAUCGAACAGUCUUAUAUGACGGACGAAGUUUUUGCGCCUGCCGAGCCUUCAACAGAAUGUGCGCUUGAAACAUUAUCUACAGCGUCACAGAUGCAAAGCGCAAGUGAGGUUAAUCAUUUAGAAUAUGAUCAAACCGCCGAGAAGAGGCUACAAGAUGAAGUCGACAAUGUCGAAGCAAUGUAUACUGAACAAGUACCUGAAAUACCCGCAACCUCAGAGGAACAAAUAAUUCAACCGUUACCAGAUCAAAGUGAAGAAACUUUACCCUGUGAAUUGCCGACACCGACACCGACUGAAGAAGAACCUACUGAAAAUACGACCAAUAAUGUUACUCUCAAAAUAGAAACGGAGGACCCAGUUUGUGAUGAAGAUGGUAAUUUUACAAGUACUAUUAAAGAGGAAGAUACCAGCUUAGAUUUCAUGAAAGACCUAGAUGAUCCAUCAAAUGCCGUGGAAUUGGUAGCUACUGAUUUGAGUGUCAAAAAUAUUAAAAAUAGUAAAAAGUCUAACCGCAUAGUAGCUAGCGUUGCUGAAACCACAAAUACCACGGAAGAGAGCCUAUCGGAAAAGGGUGACGAUCAACCUAAAGACCUGAGUGUGCAAAGAAGACUGCCUACUCCGCAUGCGUCACCGAGAAGGAUAGACAUACCGCGAGCGCCAUCCAGAGAGUCGGAUGCAAUGCAGUCGCCUCAACCGAGCGGCAUCCCUGCCGUGCCGUCCUCACCAGAGAUAUUCACAAUGCCGCAGUCGAAGAGCAAACAGUCACUGUUCUUAGAAACAUUGCUGUCAUCGCCGUCGCCUAAAAUGUAUACAUCUGAAGUGACCAUUACAAAACAGCAAUGCGAACCGUUAAAUUUGGGCAAACAUCGGAAAUCAGCCAGUCCAACAGUAACCAGCUGUUCAGACGAGAUGAGAAAGUUAAAUAAAGAGUUUGGUGAACCCCAGGAGAAGAAAGGUAGACGAGAAUCUACAGACGAUACAGUUAAAAUUAGUAAAGUGUACAACAAAUGCGAUAGGGACGAACAUUUAGCUGAAAGUCACGCGAAACUAUCGAAGAAAGCUGACAAGGAAGAAAGGCUCUCUGCCAAAUAUAUUGAGAAGAUGAGUAAACUGAGCCCGAUCGAACAACUACAUAGCCUAAGGUCGAAUUCCUCAAUUCCGGAUGCGUUACUAAUUCCUAAAAACAAGCUAAAUAGAAUUUUCGCCGCACCUGCUAUCGAAAUUCCUCAGAUGCUAAUCAAUUGUCCAGAAUUAGUAAUACCACAAGCCUUCGCAUAUCCACAACUUUUGCAAGAUCCUGAUAUUAUCAUGUUGACACUUACACAAAUAGAGGAAGCAAUAGUGAAUAAUAAGCAACCCGAGUCACCGAUAAAAGAGCCAAAGGCGCCAACACCAAAAAGUGCAAUAAGUACGUCGAGUAAUGAUAACAUGACGACUACAAGUCAGCCCGAACGUAGUAACUCUAAUCCUCAAUCCAAGCCGAUACCGUCGCUAGCUGGCGACAUCGACGCGGCGACCUUCAACCAAAUGUUAUGGUUACCUUACUUUAACCAGCUGGAGGCAAUGACAGCGUGUUCGCAAAAUAUGGAUUUCCUAAAAGCUCUCAAUUCGUGUAGCUAUGGCGCAGGGCAAAGUUACCCGGAGUUAUCGCAAAUAUUUAACCCGAAUUCUCGUUUUGCGGGACCAACAGGUUUCCCUGUGAUGCCUCCGAUGGACUACGAAAAUCGAAUUCAAUAUGCUAUGUGGCAAGAGGCGAUGAAUCAUUCAAAUCAGCAACAAGCAAGACAAAGCCAGGCCAAAGUAAAUGAGUGUCAGGUUAAAGAUGUCGUGUCAAAGUCAAUGGAUGUGCAAAACCCAUACGUACACUCGACAAAGAGUCAUCAUCAGAAUAAGUCACACAGCAGUAUGUCCUCACGUUCUAGUCCUAUGGCUAACUACACCGCCAGCCAGCGGGCCGCCAUGCAACAUAAUUCAUUCCUGCAGAGCUUGUACCCGGGAAUGAAUCCUAAUAUGCGGCCGAACAUGCCUCUGCCAGGCCUUCAAAUCCCAUAUUUCAACCCUAACUUGAUGGGCAGUCAGCGCUCGCCUAGAAGUGGGGGGCAAAAGAGCCCUACGUCACCGUACUUUCCGAACAACAAUUAUCUACAAUCUAUGAAACAUUCCGAGGCGCAGCCUCACCAGAGAAGUAGUUCGACUAGCUCACAAGAGUCUCCGCGGCCGCGGAUCAGUGUUAAAUCGUUACAAAACUUGUUGGAGCCGAGUGCUGCGGCGUCGGCAUCGUCAUCGUCGCGGCGGGGCCAUAACCCGUCGGCGUCGAUGAGCCGGCGCCGCGAGGAGCCGGAGGUGGGCAGCACCACGCCGCUCGGGGAGCCGCCGCACCUGCCGCCGCACCCGCACGACCCGGCCUCCUACCACUUGUGGCAUCCGCUGUUCGGCAACCAAAAGGGCUACAGCCCCUGGAACGGCCCUUGGACUACGCCGACGGUGACGGCGACUGGUGACUGACCGAGGUACCCGCGCGGGCCACCUGGACCCGCGCACCCGCGCUGAGCACGCACGGGGAGGGGGAGUGGGGGAGUGGAGGACUUUGAGGACUUUUGAGGAAUAGUGGCCAGGGGGGAAGCACCUAAAGACACUUAGUUCUAAAGUUUGACGACCUAAAUCACCGCUAAAGUAAAAACACGUUUAGUUGUAUUAUAUAUGACUACGGAUGUUUGACGGACUAAUGCAUAUAGUGGGUAUAUAUGUAUCUAUGUAAAAUUCACUUUAUAUACUGAUUGGAUCUUUACAUUGUUGAGUGCAAUUCUCUCUAUCUUUGAGUGCAAGUUUGAUAUGCCAUCAGCAUAAAUGUGAAUAUAUGCUAUGAGUGAAAUUCAAGAGAGUUUUUCUGUUAAUAUUAAUAUUGUAUGGAAACACAAUUAAUUGCGUAAUUUCAUUAAUGAAAACGUCUUUUAAAAUCAGUGCAGUUACAUAUUUUAUGCUCACGGUAUCAUCAAGCUUGCAUUGUAAAGACACCAUUAAAUAUGUUUCUACUGUUUAAUUACAAAAUGUUUAAUUUUAUUGGCAAUGUCUGGCAAAGGGAAAAGUUUUCUUUUGCCACAUAAAUGCUAUCUACUUAAAAAAUCUGUUUUCUCAUGUGAGAGAUAAUUUAAGUCUGAUUUUUACUGUCAGAUAACACAAAUAUUAUUGUACUAUGUUAUAUUAAGGAAUUCAUAAUUAUGAUGUUACUAUUUUUAAUCAAAGAUAUACGAAAAUUUUGUUUGUUUUUUAAAGUGGUUCGAGUGAAAAUUGUCAUGUAAAAGGUGCGAACUGUACUACAGUCGAUCGUUCAUCAAUGGGUAACUAUGUUAUACAAUAAUUGUCUUAAUUUUGUAAGACCGAAGAAUGUUUUUCGUAAAUCAAUAACUUAUUCGUGACAAUUUAAUUUGGCGUUAACAACAUUGACAUCUAACUUUAGUAUAAAUCAUGCUUUUUUUGUAAUAUAUGUUGGAAAUUAUAAGUUUUAUAAUAUAACAUCGUGUUCACGCCUCUACUGUGAAAUUGAUUUAACAAAACAUCAAGUUACUACGUAGGCUACGUUCUAAGAAAAAAUAUUAUUUUUACAUCUACUCUAUCGAUUUGAGACGAUAGUAUGACCCUGGUGAAUUUUCCAUAGCUUCUAUUACCUAGACAAGAAGAUUCAUUUUCAUGGCUAACUGUUGACAUUGAGAAACGAUGGACUGUACGUUCGAAUUAUUUUUUACAUCGAUAAAUGUUUCUUAUAACCGAAACAAAAUCCAUGACAAACCGUAACAAAUACAAUUUCACAUGUUUUUUACACAGACAAAGAACUUUAUUCAUUUUAAAUAUUUUAACAGAUGAUAAGUACUGUUGGUAAUGCAUCUUUUAUGUUUCUUUACUCGGUAUGCAGACAGUAUAGCAAUGACGAAUUCUGUAAAUAAAUUUUCAUCCUAAAAUAGUUAUUAAAAAUUACCCAUGUUGUUGCUGGACAUUAAUGCUUAAUGCAUAACACUAAAGCUUCUUUUCAAGUGACAUCUCAUCUGUACAGCGAAAACAUGAUUGCAUUCAGAAUAAGAAAGUCUUUAACAGACAAUGUCGCCAUUAAGUUUUUCUUUCUUUUAGAUCAUCUAGCGUUACAGUUUAGAUAUAAAUUCUCCCACAGCCACGUGGCCACAGCCAGACGGUAGAGAACUUUAUGUAAGUGAUUUAAGGUGCAAUUUAAUAUGAGACCCCCAGAGCCCGAAUGGUGAACGAAUUGAUCCGUCCGAUGUUGUGAAACCCCCGUGUCGUCGCUCGCUGCGGUAGUCCCGUACCGUGGACUGUUUCUUUCGACCGCGAUAUUUCGCGACAGAUCGCCCGCUUCUCUGUACAUUGACACUUUAAUUACUUAAUAGUUAUCAUACAAGUACAUAAAGCCGGCGAUGUACACACAAGUGGACGAUCUGUCGAGCAUAAUGUCGCGGCAACAUAGCCUGUGAACUGAUCUGUAUAGUAAAACUUCUUAUGAUGCCAAUGGAACGGUUAGCUCGUUCCGAUCAUGUAUAAAGCUUUAAUUUUUAGUAUUAUUAUGAUAAACCGUCGACUUUUCUGAGGCAUUUUGUGAAUUUAUAAUAUAAAUUUAAAUUCGAAGUACAUAUUUAAUUUAUACGUGUAGAGAUGUAUUCGUAAUUGGAGUGGGUACGUCUGCAUAAAUUGGCUCAGUGACGUGGCGGUGACGUUGAUGUCAUUUGGGUGUCCGCGGCAGGGCCGGGCUCCGUGCUCAGUGCUCGAGCGAAGGCAAUUACAGCUGAAAAAUUAAAUCCUACUUCCUUUAAACGUGCAUCACUAUUAAUGGACUCCCUGGACGUCCUGAACGUAAAAAAAUGGCACGUAUAAAUUACGUAGCAAGUUAACUGAAUUAGAAUUACCUUUAUCUGGGGUAAAUACAUGGUGUGCAACAACAGUCGGAACUGAUGUAGGUAUUGCCUUCAAUUAGUCGCGUACACCUAAUUGCCAUCUAUUACAAGUACACCUGUUUAUUAUUUUGUCAAAUGCAGAUAAGUUCACAAUAUCUAUGUGUGUUCACUGGAACGGAAUUGCAAACCCACCUCUUAGGAGCAUCUACAAUUUACACGAAUAUGACCAUGUAUCGUAACUUUAAAACUGUAUAAUUUAAUAUUGAAUACUCACAAAUGAUCUCUGAAAAUGUUAAAAUUAAACCCGCCAUUUUAAUCCGUGUGCGUUGUCCAGUGCGAGUUUCCCCCGUAACACCCACAUGUCUGCACGGUGAGUGCUUCAUCAAAUUAAGAGCUACACAUGUAGCUAGCUAUAGGACCUCUGGCGGCUACCAUGACAACCAUUUAAACCCGUUAAAGUCGGGCGCAGGGCGCAGGGCGCGGGCUGCUCGCUCAUACAGCCAGCCAACGCACAUCUCUCUGACAUCUGAUCACAAUCGAUUACACACGCCUGCUCAUCCACUCAUUUAUUUACGUAAUAACGUUUACUUCUCCUUCCACGUCGUGGGUAUACGAAUAAGUACAUAUCUACAGUCGAAACUCAUUAUCUAGAUGUUUGUAUAUGAGUACAGUAAAUUGUGGAUGCUCAACCGACCAUAUCCGUAUAUUAUAAGAUGGUGCGUCAAUGGGUACAGUUACAGAGUACGUGCGUAGUGCAUAAUACUUUAUUGUUUAGUUGUGAUAUGUAACAACACGCGCCGGGGUGCGGCGCUAGUUCCAAAUAAGUGCAAUCCGAUCGGACUGUAUGUAUAUCGUAGUUAGACAAGUUAAGCGGAGGUACGAUGCAUUUAAUUUAUGUGUAGGGGCCGUGCACGCCGAAUUUGUUAUUUAAAUCGACGCUUAAUAUUACGCCGGUGCAACGCACGAGCACCAAGCUUACGUGCGCAUUUACGAUGCAAGUACACAUUGUAUCUGAUCUCAAUAUAGUAGACUACAACGCCAUCUAUCGACUGUAAAGUUAAACGGUCGAUUGCAAGUAACAAUUCGGCGUGCAUUUGCUUCAUUUAUUAUUAGACAGAACAUCACGGUGACUACUGGUAGCGUGGCCAGCUGACAGGCUAGUAGUAGUCGACAUGACGUCCAUAUCUGGUUAAAAUGAGAGUAGGCAAAAUACAUAGUCCCAGCAACGAGAUGUUUAGAGGAGAUUAUUUUGUUGGCUGAUAGCAGACAAUGGAAGGCAUGUAAUUUGUCAAAUAUCGCUAUUGUAGAAUAACAUUAACAUUUUACCUUCAUGGAUAGUAGGCAGUGCUGUAUCAUGUUUAAAUUAUAAUUCAAUGUUUAUUAGUAACUAGUAAUGCAAAUGGUUUCACAUAAUUUAAGUUUAGGCGGCCGCAAUGUAACUCGGAUAAUUUUACUGCGGACAAAGUAUAAUAUAAUUGCAUCAACUUGUUGCACGUAACCCACAACUUAGUCAGUGUUACAUUAACCAGUUGUAGCUGUUAACUGUUCAGUGUUUUGUGUCAAUCAGUGUGAGUUUUGCUUCGAGAAUUUCAAUAAAAUAAAAGAUAAAUAUUUCCGAAUAAUAAUAAUUAUAAUAUAAAAUAUCUAGUGUCAAGGAAUUAUUCUCAUUUUAGCCAGUGUAAGUCUGUGUUAGCGUCGUAAAUAUUCAUGUCGAUUCGUGUUCUUAUGACUUAUUAUUAUUAUAGCUAUAGUAGUUACACUAAAUGUAUGAAAUAUUCUUACUGUUCUCUCACUCUGACCAUUGGUAUUUGUUACUAUUUUGCUCUCAUGAAUGACUCUGUAAAAAUAUUGUAAUGGUCUAUUUACAUGAAUUUCAAAUAAUUAAGAUCUAUAGUAAGCCCUGUAACAUUGUACCUAACUAAUAUGUGUAAGAUUAAGGAAUUAAUGCUAGCAGUACGCAAUACAUCGGUUCAUUUGUUACAAGUAUUUUAUGUAUAACUCACUGUGCAAUGUAUAUUUAGUAACCCAUUACGUUUGAUUGGAAAAAUUAAUUAAGUGAAUUUAUUGACCGAUUAAACAGUAUUCGUCCUCGAAAAGUUAUAAGAACACAAACUCGAUAUUAGAAAUUAUAAAAUAAUAACUUUUUAUUAUUAAAAAAAAAAAUCUAUUUAUUUCGUUAUUUUUUAAGUUUUCGAUGAUUUUAAUUGUUCUCGUUACUUUCCUUGGGAAUCUUUAUCAAUUUGUAGUAAUUAGUAAGUACAGUUCUCGCGGAGUGUACAACGGGGAUCGAGUGGCGAUGUCUACGUGUAAGACAAUUAUUAAUUGAUAUCAAACUACUUUUCUAAUGUACAAUUCCAUUUUUUCUAUUCCGGUGUCAUUAGAUAACGUAUGUGCCCGCAUGUCGCAGUCGCGGCCGGCAGUCAUGUCGUGUCGCGUCGCCGUCGGCUCUAUCCCCGUUAGAAGACGAAUUGUUGGUUAUUCUUGUUCGUGACAACUCACUAUUCCAAAAGUUUCCUGAUGUAAUUUAUUGACUUGAAUAAUGAAAUUACGCUUCUAAAGUGUAUUACGUAUGUAAAUAUAGGACAAACUAAUACCUAUUAUUGAUAGUGAAUGUUGUAAUUUGUAUAUAAGUAACGAAAAUUAAAUUUUAAAUACAUAGAUAACAUUGUGCGUAUUUAUUUCUUUUAUUUACCACCAUUCAUUGAGAAAAUUAUAGCCCUUCAGAGGUACCUGCCAUCCGU